AGUUGGUGACUCCCGGGUUUCCCCAAGGAAAUACCGAGAUAUUUGUUUGCCGUACCAUACACUCCUCGCCGCACGCUGCGCCUGCGACGGCAUAGUUCGCCGCCGGAAACGCCCGUCUCCCAACGCGCGACGGCGCGAGGCUACCUCCCGUUAUCGAGGAAAUCCAUUCGCCGCAGCGGGCGCCAUGAGCUGCGCGGCGGCGUGGGUUUCCCCCUCCGGUCUCGGCAGCCACACCGGUUCCUCCCCCACGCCCGUAGGCAGGCGACGGGCGAGAGCUUCCUACGCCUUCCGGGCCUCUGCCAGCGCCGGCGUCGCGGAUGACGGCCGUGGAGGGCUCCUGCCGCGGAUGGUGCUGCACGAUUCCCUCGACGCCGCGGGGGUCGCCACAGAGCACGCCAGGGCGGCGAGGGAGGGGUUCGCGAGGCAGGUCGGGAAGCUCACGAGGCUCAACGCGGAGUGCAGCAUCGCCAUCAGCCGAGGCCCCGACCUUGCGCGGGCUGCUCUCUGCGUCGCGGCUGAGGACGACUCGCUGGUCUCCCACUCCUCCGUGCCGCUCCCCGUCGACGCCUUCAUCGCGCGCCUUGACGACCUCUCCACCGGAUUCCUCGCCGCGGGGUUCCUCCCGCCUUCUGGUGCCCCUCCCGAGGUCUUCUUCGACCACAUCGACCGCUACCUGUACGUCCACAAGGGGUUUCGAAGAACAAAUGGAGUGUCCGAUGCGCGGGCUCUAUAUCUUCACUCGGUUUUGACAUGCCGAUCAGGAUCAGCUCUAAUGCUUUCAUUGAUAUAUUCAGAGAUGCUGAAAACGCUACGGUUAUAUGGCUUACUAGAUUUUGAUGUAGAGAUCUCCUUUCCGCAUGAUGUCAAUACCCUCCCCAGGGGCUAUGACAAACACAAAAGCAAGUUGUGUGAUGAACCAACUAUUAUGACAUCAAAGUCACUUUUGGUUGAGAUUUUACAAACUCUGAAGGGUAUGUUUUGGCCGUUCCAGUCCAACCAGUCAAGUAGCUUAUUUUUGAAUGCUGUUGCUGCAAACCACCAUGGCCCUGGUAAUGUAGGUGACAGUCAAGCAAGGUCACAUGGAAAUAUAAGUGCCAUAGAGAUGGCUGCUGCUAAAGCUGCUCAAAAUAGGUUGAUGCGUGGAGUAUGGACUACUGUGCGCUUUGGUGAUAUGAGGCGUGCUUUAGCAGCUUGCGAGAGACUCAUCCUACUGAAUCACGAUCCCUGUGAGCUUAGGGACUAUGCUGCUCUUCUGUACCACUGUGGCUACUACGAAGAUUGCCUGCAGUACUUAGCAUCGUACCAAACUUCCACGGUUGGUCAACCUAGGAGCAAUCCACUGGAGGUCUUGGAGGACGACGCGGUGAACAAUCUGAGGGCACGAGUAAGUCUAAUUUUAGCAGAGGAUGGUUGGAACCAACAUAAACCUACAGCGAGCUACUGGACCAAAAACUCGGAGCCGUGGUAGAUGAUAGAUCAGAUACUCAAUUCUUGCUUGCCUUUGUGCAUGAAGCAAAUGGCAGUGUAUAUAUUUCAGAACUUGUACAUACUGAUUGCCCCUAGGCCAUUUUCCAGUCAGUAUGAUAUGGAACUGAAUCCCUGGCGCCCCCACAUGGUUGAGAUUGCGGAUCGCAAUCUGUUGCUGCAGGGAUUUUAUGUGAUAGUACAUACUAGCCACAGUACAGAACUACAAACCGUACAGCUACGACAAAUGUAAACAGGACAGCCUUUCAACAAAGGCUAGAACAGUUUCUACCA